UAUGCACAAGUUAAAGGAGCAAAANUGUGGGGGUGCACCGCCGCCACGCCCGCCGCGUCGCCUCCCCGCUCUCCGCUCCUCACCCUCUCGGCCUUCGCCCCCUCUCCUCCGGCGAGAGCCUUCCACGUGUCGGCGCGGUACUCACACUCCUUGAGGCCCUUCGCGGGGUUCUUCGUGAACCUCAGGGGGUUUCGGAAGGUGCGGCGGAGGCAAGCCGCGGCGAAGAAGCAGCCGACGAAGGAGAAGCAGCUCGAGCUCGAUGUUCAGAUCGCCAUCGAAGAAGAGCUCCCUGAUGAUCCCGAAGUCUUGGGCAUUGCUGAAAUGCUAAAGCUGAAUGUUCCGAUGGCAAUGAAAAUUGCAUUUGAUGGCCUCAAGGAUUCAGAAUAUAAAACAAGGGAUACUUCUAUUAGUGAUGUUGGUAAAUACGAGAAGGUCGAGUUAUCUGUGUUGCUUUGCAAUGACAAUUUCAUUCAGAAUCUCAAUAAAGAUUGGAGAGGCGAGGACCAUGCUACUGAUGUGCUCUCCAUGUCUCAACACAUACCCGAUCUUGAUCUUCCCAUUCUGAUGCUAGGUGAUAUAGUGAUUUCUGUUGAGACUGCCACUAGACAAGCAGAGGAGAGAGGUCACACGCUUCUCGACGAAGUUCGGAUCCUCAUGGUUCAUGGUCUGUUGCAUCUUCUUGGCUUGGAUCAUGAGAUUAAUGAUGAGGCUGAGGCAGAAAUGGAGAAGGAGGAAGAACUAGUAUUGAAAAGUCUUGGUUGGAAAGGGAAAGGACUAAUUAAGAGUGCUCAUGAUGCUGCGAAUGAUAGCAAACUUCACGCAGAAAGUUCAGAUGGACAAGCUCGCGAUGAUUUGAAGAAAGCAGGAAGUUUGAGAUUCUAUAAACCAAAAUUCAGCCAUAUCUUUUGUGAUAUGGAUGGUACACUUUUGAACAGUAAAAGUCAAAUUACUAGAACAACAGCAGAAGCUUUGAGAGAAGCAAUAUCGAGAGGAGUGAAUAUCGUUAUUGCUACUGGAAAGGCACGUCCCGCUGUUAUUAGUGCCUUGAAGAUGGUUGGAUUAGCUGGAAAAAAUGGUGUGGUUUCUGAAUUUUCACCUGGCAUAUUUCUUCAGGGUUUGCUUGUUUACGGAAGACGAGGAAGGGAGAUUUGUAGAAGAAACUUAGACAAAGGCGUUUGCCGGAAGGCAUUUUCAUAUUCUGUGGAGCAUGAGAUUCCUCUGGUAGCAUUUUGUCAGGAUCGAUGUUUCACAUUAUUUGAUCACCCGUUGAUCGAUUCGUUGCAUACUGUAUAUCACGAGCCAAAGGCAGAAGUUUUGUCUUCAGUUGAGCAACUCUUAGCAUCCAAUGAUAUACAGAAAUUACUGUUUGUCGACACUCCUGAGGGGAUUACCUCUACUUUGCGGCCACAUUGGGAAGAAGCAACCGACGGGCUCGCUGGUGUGGUCCAAGCAGUGCCUGAUAUGCUUGAAAUCGUGCCAGCUGGAACUUCAAAAGGAAGUGGUGUAAAAAUGUUGCUGGAUCACCUUGGCAUUUCUCCAAAAGAGGUAAUGGCUAUAGGCGACGGGGAGAAUGAUGUUGAGAUGCUCCAAGUAGCAUCAUUAGGGGUUGCUCUUGCGAAUGGAUCAGAGAAGACUAAGGCUGUGGCGAAUGUCAUUGGAGCUACCAAUGAUGAAGAUGGCGCGGCGAAGGCUAUCUAUGAAUAUGCCUUUUAACAUUCAUUUUUGCAUUAAUCGGUAAUUUAAUGCCGGUUUGUGCUUUCAUCAGAAAUUUUCAGGGGAUCCAACCCAGAUUGAACUUUUAAUUUAUUUUCAUUGUUUUGAGCUCGCCGCCCUUCAUACGCGAGCUCUCCUUUUUAUGUAAUAUGAAAUUGUUACUCUUCCUGUCUCUAAGGAAGGGCAGCCCCUUUUGUUUUGAAUUGUUUCCGGCUUCUUUUCGAUUUAAAGGCGGAAAAGUUUGCAAUCUAAUUUGAGAUGGAAAUAUAUUGUUGUCAUGGAGACAGUCACCAGUAUGCCAAUUUCAAAUAGACUCCACUUUACUUAUUGUGGCAA